AUGCCACCAACCUCCAACCCAGUAGCCAAACGCGGCCGCCCUGCGUUCAGACCUCCCCGCCCUACCACCAAAGCCACCAAGACCAAGACAACCACACCCCGCCGCAAGUCCGCUCCCGCCAAACACAGCUUCAUAGAGUCCGCCGCAGAAGACGACAAAGAUGAAGAUGAUGACGAUGACGACGCUGAGCUCGUCUCCUCUCACUCCCACAAUGCAUCCGCAUCAGAAGAACCAGACGCUUUUCCCACAACCACACGUGUAGGCACGCAAGACGCCCCACCAACAAUCCCUCCUGCCCUACUCACAAAACUCCUACAUUACCACUUCCAAGAUGACAAGGUCAGGAUAGGGAAAGAGGCGAAUGGAGUGGUGGGGAAGUACAUGGAAACGUUUGUAAGGGAAGCGAUUGCUCGGGCAGCAUUCGAGAGGAGCGAGGCGGGUGGGAAGGGUAUUGGAGACGACUUUCUGGAGGUUGAGGAUUUGGAGAAACUGGCGCCGCAAUUGUUGCUGGACUUCUGA